CCAAAAUCAGUUAUGGGCUAUAUACUCUUGUCCCUCCUCCUUCUAAUAGCUCAAUCAAGAACAACAACAGCAAAUGGUAGUGAAGAAGCUUCAACACAUAGUAGUUAUGGCAGUGACUCUCUCAAUAGCACAAGUUUUCCACCCGGUUUUACCUUUGGCACAGCCUCUGCUGCUUAUCAGUAUGAAGGUGCAGCAAAUGAAGGUAGUAGAGGUCCUAGCAUACGGAAUACCUUCACGUAUAGAUAUCCAGGUAAAAUACAGGAUGGUGGUAAUGGAGAUGUGGCUAUUGAUUCUUAUCAUCGUUACAAGGUAUACAUCCAUCUAAUAUCAAGUUGUUUACAUAAUUUGUUUUCAACUUCACAAAACCAUUAA